CCAAGUUCAAACCGCGGGCCCCGGCGGAGCGGAGGGGCCGGGCUCCCCGGGAGCCGCCGCGGGGCUCCAUGAUUCUCCCGCGGGUGCUUUCCUGCGCUGUUCUGCUCCUCCUGCUUGUCGCUGUGCUGAGCAGAGGCAAGAGGUGCAGCAUAGCCAAAAUCCUCCGGCAGUACCGAGCUGUCAUCUUCCACGAGAUCCAGAACCUGAAAAACCUGAGCGGGUUGGCAGACAGGAGUGGACUGGCUUGUCGUUCGAACAAGGGCCAGAAGAUCCUGCUCUCUAUCUACAACAUCAGCAUGUCCCUGCGGGAGGUGGCGGCCGGCACCCUGCGCGGCCCCGAGGAGCUGGCGGUGUCAAAGGUGGCCAGAAACACCGACUUCGUGCUCAGGGAGAACUGCAGGAAAAUCAGCAAGACCCCGCUGCACAUCUCAGCGCAGCCCCGGCGGAGGGGACCCGGCCGCAGGAGAAAGCAGCUGCGGGAGAUCAGGAGGAAGGUGGAGAGGCUGGCGACCUGCUGGGAGAAGCUCUACACCCUGCAUGCACCCCACCAUGGCUUGCAGGACUCAUAGGGAUGUCCUCACCACGUGCCAAAGGGAUGUGCUGCACCGGCAUCGCGGCUGCUGGCAUCUGAUUUGGAAACCUGGGGCAAAUUCAACCCUGAAGGCAGCAGAGUGGCUACCGGUGGGUGGCCGAGUUGGACUCACCUUCCUGUUCCAAGGUGGAACCCAUCUCCCAGCCCCAUUGCCUGUGAUGGGGAUGACAGGUUGGUGGGAUGGCGGCAGUGGGAAGCUGGAGCACCAGAAACAUUGGGAGAAAAUGGGGAAGAGAAGAAAAAAGGAGAUGAGGUGAGGGCUUUCUAUGAUUCUCCUGGCCCCACGUUACCUGCUGCUUCCCUGGGAACAACGGUUGUUUUUUGGGGCAGAAAGAGGAUAUGUGGGGCCAUGGCUCUGAGGGCUCCGCUGGAAGUGGGACAACUGCACACUCACAAGGCUCUGAGGGUGGCCGGGCUGUGGAGAGCAACAUGCGUCCUUCUUGUUCUGCUGGGACAGACGGAGCAGCUGGGCAGCCGUGGCAGACAGGAAAACCUGGGUGCAUCCCUGGGCACCUGGGGAGCUGCUGAAAAACAACAAAACCCCAGGCAGCUGCGGGGCUCAGGGUCAAAGCUUGGCCUCUGCGGUGGUCAGCACUGUGGACCCAGAUCUGUGGGUGCCCCAGCACCCCCAUGGAGUACUCAGCCCAGAGGGAUGCAGUGUUGGGUGAGCUGGGGAGCAGCCUCCCUUGUCACCACGCUCUGCCAGAGCCCUGGCCGGUACCCCGGCUCCGCCAAGGGGUGGCAAAGUCUCUGGGAAGCCAGAAAUAAAACCUCUCCUUCCCUGGGAACCCUUUGGAUGCUUCAUCUGGUGACCCAGGAGGUCUCAUCUUGCUGAUGAUGCUGGUCAUGGUACAGGGGCCGUGCAAGCCUGGGAAGGAGCUCCCAGCAACUGUGGGCACGGUGACAUCU